AAAAAAUAAUUUCAAGUGAUUUCAAAUGUCUGAUGCAACGUAAUUUAUAAUAUUGUAAGAUACUUUUAAGCAUUUGGAAUUUCAAAGGCAUUGUCAACAAUAUUUUUUACAUGAUUUCAUUAUUUAAUUGUUUCUGUGAGUUGAAAAAUUUACAUGAAAAAUUAAUAAAUUAUUAUUAUCGUAUUAUUUUAUUUCUGAGGUAAGAGAGAGCUAAACAACCAAUAGGUGACGUUGAUCAUUCAUAGCUGCAUUCUUAUUGGUCGUUGAAAAUAUAUUUAAUCGUUUCAACCAAUAAGUGUCGAUCUGACGUAAGAUCCAACAUGGAAUCUUAUUACACUCGUGGCAAUCAUACCCUUAAAGUUCCCAUGUCUCUUUUUCGAGAAAAUCGUGAAAGACUUCUAGCUCGUUUAAAAAGAAAUACCGAUCUUCCAGCUGCUAAUACUUUUGUUAUUCUUCAAGGAGGGAUCGAAAUUCCUUUCAAUGAUACGGAUAUCAACUGGCCCUUUAGGCAGGAAUCUUUUUUUCAAUGGUGUUUUGGCGUUGAGGAACCUGGAUGUUAUGGAGCUCUUGAUUUAUCUUUAGAAAAAUCGAUUUUAUUUGUACCAAGAUUACCCGCAGAAUAUGCUAUUUGGGAGGGAAAAUUACAUACACUGGAGGAUUUUAAAAAACGUUAUGGCGUUGAUGAAACUUAUUAUACCGAUGAAAUAGGAAGGAUUUUGAAAGGCAAAAAUGCCUCUCUUUUGUUAACUUUGAGUGGUAAAAAUAGCGACAGUGGAUUGCAUGCUCAAGAAGCUGUCUUCGACGGAAUAGGACAGUUUCCAAUUGAUAAUAAUACUUUGUAUCCGGAAAUAUGCGAGUGUCGAGUAAUAAAAUCUGCCAAGGAAAUUGACGUUUUGAGAUAUGUGGUGAAGAUAAGCUCAGAAGCCCAUAAAGCUGUAAUGCGUAUGGUGAGGCCAGGUCUCGCAGAGUUUCAAGCAGAAGCAGCUUUCUUGAAUUACGUAUAUUCGAUUGGAGGCUGUAGACACGUUUCUUAUACUUGCAUUUGUGGCUCGGGACAUAAUGCGUCUAUUCUGCACUAUGGACACGCAGGAGCACCUAAUAGUAAAAUCAUACAAGAUGGCGAUAUGUGUUUAUUCGAUAUGGGUGGAAAUUAUUGCGGAUAUGCAGCAGACAUAACAUGUAGUUUUCCAGCAAAUGGAAAAUUCACAAACGAUCAAAAGUUCAUUUAUAAUGCUGUGCUGAGCGCAAGAGAUGCAGUUAUGAAAGCAGUAAAGCCUGGUGUAUCAUGGACAGAUAUGCAUGUUUUAGCUAACGAGACAAUGUUAUCUUCGCUAAAAGAAGGUGGACUGUUGAUCGGAGAUGUAAAGGAGAUGAUUGAAUCUGGCUUGAACGAAGUCUUUCAACCUCAUGGUCUUGGACAUCUUAUGGGUUUGGAUGUUCACGAUGUCGGUGGUUAUCUUCCAGGACAUCCAGAACGUUCAACAUCAGCAGGCAUAAGAAAGUUAAGAACAGCUCGUACUUUACAUACUGGCAUGGUAUUAACGAUAGAACCAGGAUGUUAUUUCAUCGAUUGUUUACUCGAUGCUGCGUUAACUGAUCCAAAACAAUCAAAAUUUAUCGUAAGAGAACAAUUGGAAAGAUUUCGUGGUUGGGGAGGUAUUAGAAUUGAGGAUGACGUUUUAAUUACUGAGACAGGAGUUGAAAAUUUAACACAAGUUCCUAGAACGAUUGAGGAAGUAGAAAAUUGGAUGGCUGUUGGACGAAGUGAUUUAAAAUUACCGCAAGAUAAAUAACUGAGAUAUUCCUUUACAAAACUUUGAUAUAUUUCAUAAAAAAUACUAUUUACAUAUAUAAAUAUAUAUGUUUUUAAUAUAUACAUAUAAAAGAAGAGAAAGGCAUAUUUUGAAAAAAAUGUAAUCUAUCCGGAUUACGACACAUCUUCAUGUCGUGAAAAAUGCAGAAUGUGUAUUUGUAUCUAAUAAUUUUUAUUGCGUCAUGAAAUCGAUAAAAAACUACUGUUUUAUACCAUCGAUGUUAUAUACGUAUAUAUGUAUGAUAUAUUCACACACGCAUACAUAUAUACACACACACAUAUAUAUAUAUAUACACAUAUUGUUAAUUUCUACGUUAUCUAAAAAUAAAUCAGAACGUUAUCAUUAAUGAAAUUUUACAACAUUCUUUUUUGAAUGUUUUUGUGCUAUGAUACAAUUAAGAAUACGAAAAAAAAAAAUAGAGAUGACGGAUAGUUUGAGAAUAAUGUUUGAAAGUUAUAUCGAGCAGAGUAUAUGUAGUAUAUUUGUGGUUCGUAGUCUCUCUCUCUCUCUCUCUCUCUCUCUCUCUCCCUCCCUCUCUCUGUCUCUGUCUAAGCUAGACACUUGAGCAGGCGCAGUUAUUAUCGCGCGUGCGAGGUUAGCAGUUCGCAGUCGCGUCACAGCGCCGGUGUAGACGCGUCGUUCGUGGAUAGAUUAUUCCAACGAAGAGAGAGAGAGAGAGAGAGAGAGAGAGACGUCAACGAAAGUGUGUGAUUUCAUUAAAUUCAACAUAAUUCUAUAUAUUUUUUAUUUUUCUCUUUUUAAUUAUAUAUACCUUUUUACUAUCAUUAGAUAUAAAUAAAUAAGAAAAAAUCGCGUAGAGUUAAAAAAGCAAGCUUGUUAAAUAUUAAAAAUCAAACGUGUAUUAUUAUUAUUAUUAUUAUUAUUAUUAUUAUUAUUAUUAUAUUUGUUAAAUCGAUAAUAUUCAGAACAUUUCUAGAGAAUGAUUUAGUUCCUAUUUUAUUCAUGUAUUCGUUAAAAAAUUUGUUUUGAUUUAUUCGUUAA